AUGCCCAGAAGAUCUGUAGAGGCCUGCAAUGGAGAGGCAAAGCUUCUGCUUGGUUGCUGUCAGUCAGGGGGCAAGUGUACUCCAAUGCAGCAGGGCCUGGCAGCUCUGUCAUGGGCCACUGGAUCUGCUGUUGAACCUGGAGGAAACCUACAAGGGUACAGCCAUGCCUGGAAGCUCUCACCUUCCCUGAUAGGUAUGGUAAGAAAGGACUGGGCAUCCCAAAAUAGCAUUGCCCUAUCAUGGCAAGCACCUGCUUUUUCCAAUGGAGCCAUUCUGGACUACGAGAUAUUAUAUUAUGAGCAAGAGCAUGAGCAGCUCACCUAUUCCUCCACAAGGUCCAAGGCCCCCAGUGUCAUCAUCACAGGUCUCAAGCCAGCCACCAAGUACAUAUUUCAUAUCCGAGUGAGGACUGCAACAGGAUACAGUGGCUACAGUCAGAAGUUUGAGUUUGAAACAGGAGAUGAAACUUCCGACCUGGCAGCAGAGCAAGGGCAGAUUCUGGUGAUCGCCACCGCGGCUGUUGGGGGAUUCACGCUCCUAGUCAUCCUCACUUUGUUCUUCUUAAUCACUGGAAGGUGUCAGUGGUAUAUAAAGGCCAAAAUGAAGUCAGAAGAGAAGAGAAGAAACCACUUACAGAAUGGGCAUUUGAGCUUCCCAGGAGUGAAGACUUACAUUGAUCCAGAUACAUAUGAAGACCCAUCCCUAGCAGUCCAUGAAUUUGCAAAGGAGAUUGAUCCCUCAAGAAUUCGCAUUGAGAGAGUCAUUGGGGCAGGUGAAUUUGGAGAAGUCUGCAGUGGGCGUUUGAAGACCCCAGGGAAAAGAGAGAUCCCAGUUGCCAUUAAAACUUUGAAAGGUGGCCACAUGGAUCGGCAAAGAAGAGAUUUUCUCAGAGAAGCUAGUAUCAUGGGUCAGUUUGACCACCCAAAUAUCAUUCGCCUAGAAGGUGUUGUCACAAAAAGAUCCUUCCCGGCCAUUGGGGUGGAGGCGUUUUGCCCCAGCUUCCUGAGGGCGGGGUUUUUAAAUAGCAUCCAGGCCCCGCAUCCAGUGCCAGGGGGAGGAUCUUUGCCCCCCAGGAUUCCUGCUGGCAGACCAGUAAUGAUUGUGGUGGAAUAUAUGGAGAAUGGCUCCCUAGACUCCUUUUUGCGGAAACAUGAUGGCCACUUCACAGUCAUCCAGUUGGUCGGUAUGCUCCGAGGCAUUGCGUCGGGCAUGAAGUAUCUUUCUGAUAUGGGUUAUGUUCAUCGGGACCUGGCAGCUCGGAAUAUAUUGGUUAACAGCAACUUAGUAUGCAAAGUUUCUGAUUUUGGUCUCUCCCGAGUGCUGGAAGAUGAUCCAGAAGCUGCUUAUACAACAACU